AUGGAUAACCAAACAUUUUAUAUUCACUUUGUAAUGUUUUUCUUAAAAAUAAAUAAAUGUGAAAAUGCUGCAAUCACUUUCAAAAACAUUUGUAAAGUUUGUGAUGAUGCUGCAGGUGAAUCAACUGUUCGAAGCUGGUUUGCGAAAUUCAAAACUGGAGAGUUUAGCUUGGAAGACGACAGUCGCAGUGGAAGAUCUUCAAAAUUGGAUGUGGAUGUUUUGAAGGCAAAAAUCGAAGAAAACUCCAAUAUCAAGACUAGAGAUCUUGCAGAGGAGUUGAAAGUUCUUCAAAGUAUGGCUGAUGAACACCUUGUGAAGCUAGGAUACAUUUCUUGCUAUAAUGUAAUGGGUCCCUCACAAACUCUCAGAAAAGGAUUGCUUGGAGCAGUAUUCUGUUUGUGA